CAUUCCCUUGCUGAAAACUUUUGGUGUAGUCUAGUGAGUUCUGCUGUUUUCUGAAACUCCUACCCAAGCUUUUAGACCAAUAGAUCGGACACAUAUAACAGGAUUUGUCAAAACAGGACUCUAAAUCCUAAUAAGGUUUGCAAGAGAAACAUACACACACACACAUACACACACAAUGUAUUUCACUUACUGCAUGCAUGCAUGUUUUCAAAGCAACUUGCGUAACAUAGGCUGCUGUGUAUUUCUGCUCAAUUUAAUUUCCAGGAAAAGGCUUCUGAGCAGAAUCACCACCACAGACCACAGUAAAGAAUACACCGCACUGUUCCUGAAUACCGUCCUCUAACAGACAGCUAAAGAGAGCUCCACACAAACCACCAACACAACUUCCAGAGCAGCAUACAUUUCAGCAGCUAAUUCAACACCUAUCAGAAGCAGCAGAAGCCAUACACGUAUAACUACACACAUUCUACGACACACACACACACACACACAUACGCACACACAGGCAUGAGAUAUAAGCGUAAAAAAAAAAGUGAGAAGUACUUAUGCACUGCGGGACUGGGGAGAGCAGGCUUGCACAACGUGACCCUGCUAUUGGCUGUUGCUAUAACAAUGGAGGCGGGCAGAUGGUCAGAGCGGUUUGCAUGAAGGGGAAGGCAGACUCCACGCAACGCUGCCCGUGGGAAGACUGCCGAACUUGCGCCUCGAAGCCGUCAGCGGAGCGGGUUAAAAGACCUCCAGCCGGGAUUAUCGGUGGGUCCGGGCGUUAGCGGGGUCCCGGAGGCCUCCCCCCCCAGCCCCCGCCCCCCCCCAGAAGGAGCGAGGCACCAGCGUUCCCUGCGCCCCUCUCGUCCCUGUGGAGCGAGCAUCCAGCACAAUGAACAAGAUGAAGAACUUCAAACGCCGCUUCUCGCUGUCAGUGCCUCGGACGGAGACCAUCGAGGAGACCGAGUUCACAGAGCAGCUAAACCACCUCCGCAUUCACCACGGUGAGGGCCUGGUGCCCGACCGACUGGGGCUGCACGGCCCCCUCCCUGGGGGGGCCCAGUCCCCGACUCAGCUCCAGUACCACAACCGGAACCAGCACCGCCGUUUCUCCAUGGAGGACGUCAGCAAGCGCAUGUCCCUGCCCAUGGACAUCCGCCUGCCGCCCGAGUUUCUCAAGAAGCUGCAGCUGGAAAGCCCGCCGCCCGGCAAGCCCCUCAGCCGGAUGUCCCGACGCGCCUCCCUGUCUGAUAUUGGCUUUGGGAAGCUGGAGACCUAUGUGAAAUUAGGCAAACUGGGGGAGGGAACCUACGCCACCGUGUUCAAAGGGCGCAGCAAGCUGACGGAGAACCUGGUGGCGCUGAAGGAGAUUCGGCUGGAGCACGAGGAAGGGGCGCCCUGCACCGCCAUUCGGGAAGUAUCGCUGCUAAAAAACCUGAAGCAUGCCAACAUUGUUACCCUGCAUGACAUCAUCCACACCGAUCGCUCCCUCACUCUCGUCUUCGAAUAUCUGGACAGCGACUUGAAACAGUACCUGGACAGCUGUGGGAAUCUGAUGAGCAUGCACAAUGUCAAGAUAUUUAUGUUCCAACUCCUGCGUGGGCUGGCCUACUGCCACAAGAGGAAGAUUCUCCACCGAGAUCUGAAGCCACAGAACCUGCUCAUUAACGACAAAGGGGAACUAAAGCUGGCAGACUUUGGCUUGGCCCGGGCUAAAUCGGUUCCUACCAAGACCUACUCAAACGAGGUGGUGACACUAUGGUACCGCCCACCAGACGUACUACUGGGAUCCACAGAAUACUCAACCCCCAUAGACACGUGGGGCGUGGGCUGCAUCCUGUUUGAGAUGGCGACCGGGCGGCCGCUCUUCCCAGGAUCCACGGUGAAAGAGGAGCUACACCUCAUCUUUCGACUCAUGGGCACGCCGACAGAGGAGACCUGGCCUGGGAUCGCAGCCAAUGAGGAGUUCAGGUCAUACCUGUUCCCACAGUACAGAGCCCAGCCGCUCAUCAACCACGUUCCCAGGUUGGACACAGAGGGGAUGGACCUUCUCUCAAGUUUGCUUCUGUACGACACCAGAGAAAGGAUUUCUGCGGAAGCUUCUUUGAGGUACCCGUAUUUCAAGAGCCUGGGGGAGGACAUCCACUCCCUACCUGACACGGCCUCAGUGUUCACUCUUCGAGAGUUCCAGCUGCAGAAAGACCCUGGGCACCGAGGAUCAGUGUUUCAGCAAGCAGCUCGAGGCAAGAACCGGCGGCAGAGCAUAUUCUAAAGGCCGGGCGAGGCAGGGGGGUAAGCGAAGGGCACGGAGGCUCCAUUCCGGCAGAACCAGGCCGAGGCGCUGAAGGGACCGGCAGCAAAGAACCCCCUUAAUCCCCCCCCCCGUCCGUCGGCCAUUUGGAGAAACCCGACCCAAGUUUCGGGGGCAGAGUUUUGGAGACAAUGAGUUUCAAGCACUGACAUUCUGUACGUGUGGGAUAAGGCCUUACUGUAGUUCCAAAUUAAGCCACUACGCAGUUAACUUAACUGACUUUGAGGUCAAACACUGGAUUUAAAAAAAAAAAAAAAAAAAAAAAAUUUUUAAAAGCCGCGAGCGAAACACUUCUUACCUACUGUAGGUAGACUGUGAGAGACUGGUCCAGCUGGAGGUAUCUCAUCUGGUUAUCAUCUUCUGCCGUCUCCAGA